AUGGGAACUCCAAUUGUCCGGUCGAGGGCACUGGGGUUUUGUCUAUAUUUUUUUUCUUUUGAUUUGAAAGUGGCACACACGGUUGGUUUUAAGAAGGCAAACGGCACCCAGCAUCAGGCAGUCAGAAGCAGUGUGUGUGUGUGUGAGAGAGAGAGAGAGAGCGAGCGAGCCAGCGAGCUAAAACAAGUGUGCGACUCUCACUUCAAAGGGAAAGAGAUACACAUACAAACGACAGUGAGAAGGAGGCUUACAAUCACGAGGGACCAAGAAGCUUGCGCGCAAGUGGUGGCAAGGCACUAGGGAGGAAAGAAGACAACGACACAUACUAUUGCUUGAACUUCCCAGUGUGUGCUCGCGGCUAGAAGCAGACAAGCAGCUGCGGGAGCAAAAGGGGGCCAUGGCUUCUGACAGUAGCUUCUACUUUGUUCCCUUGCUCCUCCUGUUGAUGCUCUUGCUGGUCUCUCCUACCGCCACUGCAGCACAGCCCUCUUCCGAGCCUGGCGGCAAUGCCACUGCUGCAAGGCUGAGGCCGGGGAAGGAGCUGCUCAGGCACAAGAGGAUCAGGGCUCUGCUGACCAAGCUUAACAAGCCUGCUCUCAAGACAAUCCAGAGUCCGGAUGGUGAUAUCAUAGACUGUGUUCCCUCUCACCUACAGCCUGCAUUUGACCACCCAAAGCUCAGGGGCCAAAAGAUUCUGGAUCCACCGGAGAGGCCCAAGAACUGCAACUUCACCCUUGGCGGCAGCAGAGUCAGCGAGGUGGUAGUGCAGGCGUGGCAUGCCACUGGCGAGGCGUGUCCGGAGGGGACGGUGCCGAUACGGCGGACGACGGAGAAGGAUCUCCUCAGGGCCAGCUCUCUCAGGAGGUACGGCAGGAAGCCUGUGCGCCGAGGCGUUCGCCGGGAUUCCACAAGCAGCGGUCAUGAGCAUGCAGUUGGGUAUGUAAACUCUGAACAUUACUAUGGGGCCAAGGCUAGUGUUAAUGUGUGGUCACCAAGGGUAGGUGACCCAUCCGAGUUUAGCCUGUCACAGAUCUGGGUCAUCUCUGGCUCUUUCGGCAAUGAUCUCAACACCAUCGAAGCUGGAUGGCAGGUAAGCCCUGAGCUAUACGGAGACAGUAACCCAAGAUUCUUCACCUACUGGACAACUGACGCGUACCAAGAAACUGGGUGCUACAACCACAAUUGCCGCGGAUUCGUGCAGACGACGAACAAGAUCGCGGUUGGGGCGGCUAUCACCCCGGAAUCGGUGUACAAUGGCAGGCAAUUUGACAUUACUCUCAUGAUAUGGAAGGAUCCAAAGCACGGGCACUGGUGGCUGGAGCUGGGCCCGGGCCUCGUAGUCGGGUACUGGCCGUCGUACCUCUUCAGUCACCUGGCUCGCCACGCCAACAUGGUGCAGUUCGGCGGUGAGGUCGUCAACACCCGGCCGUCGGGGUCGCACACGGCGACACAGAUGGGCAGCGGCCACUUCCCCAGAGAGGGCUUCGACCGCGCCGCCUACUUCCGGAACCUGCAGGUGGUGGACUGGGACAACAACCUCAUCCCGGCAGCCAACCUGAAACUCCUCGCCGAUCACCCCGGAUGCUACGAUAUCCAGGGAGGCUCUAACAGCUACUGGGGAAGCUACUUCUACUACGGAGGGCCAGGGAGGAACGUGAAAUGUCCCUGAGAUUAUCCAUCUUUGUUUUCCCUUUGCUUGUUUGAAGCUGUUUUCUCUUGUCAUUUUUCUGAUAGCAUGUACCUUUCUAGGAUUUUGUAGGUCUUAUACGUCUUUAACGGUAGAAUGCAUCAACAGUUGAGACUUGAGAGGAAUUUGUAAAUUUGAGAAGUACCUGCCAGAUCAUGCAUUCAAUUCGCAGAAUACAAACUUUGUUCGCUGA